GUCAUCAGUGCGUCCUCGGUUGCCGAGCAACCGUACACUACACACAAAAGGGGUACAAAAAAGAAGGGCGUAUGCGUCUGAGCCACAAUGCCCCGCUCUGCAGCCAAGUCCGCUGAUAAGCGAACGCCUAAGCAGUCUAUCCAAGUGAACACACCUCCAAUAACUCCACCUCCAGCUCAGUCCCAAUUAACGGACACAUUGAGCAAAAAGGAUGCAGAUGAGACAUUGGCAGAAGGCAUGGAAGAGCUGAAGAGCAAAGCCAUGGAAGGCUGUUUGCCACCUCUAACUCCAGCUCAGUCCCAAUUGAUGGACAUGUUGAGCAAGGAGCACACAGAUGAGACAGUGGAUAAAAUCAUGGAAGAGCUGAUGAGCAAGGUCAUGGAAGGCUGUUUGAAUGUGGACAUUGAAAGACAGCUAGUACCUUUCACUGCAUCCUGGGCCAAGAGCUACCUCACCAAGAUUCUGGAGAGGCAAAUCAUGUGCCCAGAUGGUGGAGAAGAACCAGAGGAAUCAUUGAGAACAGAAGACUCGGAGCCUUUGCCAGCAACCCUAGAUGCCUGGGUUCAAGGAUGUGUGCCAAUCGAGGCUGACAUUGACCAGAUUCCAGCACAAACAGAGCCAAAAGUCAACCAGGUGUGUAAUGUUAUGGCCAAAACAAACAUCUCGCUAAAGCAAUCUGAAAAAGAAACAACUCCCAGAAAACCUGUCAUUAACAAAGUGCUUAGUCCUCGCCCCCCACCAAAAAUUGAUCUAAAGAAAAAGCAGCAGGUUCAUUUGACUCCUAAGCCUGUUGCGGGCAAGUUACUGCCACCCCUGCCCUAUUCUGCAGGGAAAAAAGAAGUGGGCAAAGAGCGUGAAGACCGGACACAUUCUGUUUGUAACUACUCGACUGAAUCAUUAUAUCAGCAUAAUAACAAGCAACCAACAACAAAACUUGAUCCAUCCAGUUUGCCUCGACAUUGCAUCUUUCCUCAGUAUGAGAUUAUUGACGACAACCAUAAAAAACCAAACAGCAAGAAAACAAGUGGGCUAUCCAAACAUGAACCAAGAUAUGUCAAGCAGCAGAGUGAGCAACAAAACCGUUCCAAGGAUCAGCCAGCAAAGGGGAGAAAUGAGGCAGACGUCUGGCUGAAGAAACUGCCUCCACAAGGAAAGGAAAGGAUGGUCUCCUCUGGGCCUCUGAGGCUGGACACAAUGGUUUUGGCAAAGGGAGUUUCUCUCGUGGAUCCCCAGGCCGUUGAAAUAAGCCCUCUCAGAUGCAACCCUCCAACUCUUACCAAGCUGAGGCCGAUACAGAGUGUUGCAGCUGUGCCAAUGUUUUCAGUUGAUCAGUUUACCACAGGGGAACCACCUCGGGUUAUCCCAUUGCUCAAGUCCAAGAACCCUGACAACUAAUAGAAAAACUAAGUGAUAAAUGUUUGUGGUUGUAUUUAGAGCAUAUGUAAAUGGUGAAAAAAAGUGCCUGUAUUACAAGAAAACUAUGUUAUUGCUGCUGUAGGCUUAGGUGGGACAUGUUUUACAUUUUUGAAAGAUUCUGACUCUAUUAUUUAUCCGUCUGUAUUUGUUAGCAAUUCUUCAUUUGCAAUGCAGUGGUGAGAUGCACUGUGCACAUGGAAACAACAGUACCUAAUAAUAAUAAUAAUAUUAUAUUUCAUUUAUAUUGUUCUUUUUGAAGUACCAAAAUACCCUUUUUACAAUAUAUCCAUUGACAUUUCUAUGAUAUUUGUAUAUUAAAGGAAAGCUUUGUGUUCAAUAAUUGCCUCCCACAGCAUGCAAAGAAGAUAUACAACUACAACACUGUGAUGCAAGUACAUUUAAGCAUGAGUUAUUAAGACUGCAGGCUCUCUGUUUUCACUCUUUUCCAUCUUGUCAUAUGCAAAGAUAAACACUUACUGUGGAACCAGAUUGUGUUUUAGCCACUUUUUUUUACUGUUAUCUAAAACUC